AGCGUCGGCGUCGACUCACAACAUUCAACAUACGACGACUGAUUUACGAGGUGAACGUAUCGUGAACGAACAACUCUUACUAACGUCGCCAUAUUUUAUGUUUCUACUAUAACAAAGUUAUCAAGAUUUAACAAGUGCGACAAUGAAUAAGCUAAGUUUUAAGGUAUACCUGCUAAACGAAGAAUUAAACAAAUUCACAGAAGUGCGUAGAUUUUGUUUGGAUAUCGGUGUCGCGAAGAACUUUGUGGCUUUGCGUGAAAAGCUGCAAAGUAUUUUCCCGGAGCUGCACGAGAAAAAUUUCACCGUCACUUGGAAAGAUGAUAGAGACACCAUUGUGAUAUCAACCAGUGAGGAGCUGGAGAUUGCAUUAGAGGAGAUGGGCAAUCUGGGACCAGUCAACAAAUUGUAUGUCACUCUGCAAAGCGAGAAAGGAGAGAUACCGCAUCUGAGGAGCGAUAGAGAAUUGCACCCUGGUGUAGUUUGCGACGUAUGCGAGAACAGCAUACGUGGCAUGCGCUUCAAAUGCAUGCAAUGUCCAGAUUAUGAUCUAUGCACCAGCUGUAUGACAAUGGGUUACCAUCCAGAACAUUUCAUGGUACGUAUGACGGAGCCGGUCGUUUGGUCGAGCUAUUAUGGUCGUCGACUGGCACAUCACAUGCGCAAGUUCAUGAAGAAGACGAACAAUAUAUCGCACAACGAUAAGGAUAAGGACGACGAGACGCGGAGGUGCCCAUACAAGAGCGGUAGUGGCAACAGCAGUGGCGGCGGCGGUAAAAGGGGCGGCUGUCGAGGCCUAAACAUGACAGGCGGUAAAGUUGGUUUUGAUCCCACUUUUGUUGAUUCAUUAGCGGACUACGUAAAGAACGUGUGUAUCCCGUUAGAAGAAACGUGUCACGAGCAGAAGCGAUUUAAGGAGCAGCAAAGGGAUCCAUCCACCGAAGCCGCCACCGAGGCGACCGAAGAUCCACAGCAGACAAACAGCUUAACGCAACUGCUGAAGAUGUUCGAGAAAAAUCUUUCACACAUUUCGCAGUUUUUGGAUCCACUCGGCAUCAACAUUGUCGUGACGUCCGACAACGACAAUUCCGCCAGCAAGCCUGCUGCCAACGGCACUCCAACCACUGAACCCAGUACGCCUUCGCAAUCCGAUACGAAGUUCCCCGGCGAGGGCAAAAAAUUACGUGAUGAUAUCCCGGUAUCAUACACGCUUACGGCAGAAGAGCAAGCAGCAGCGGCGGCAAUGGAGAAAGCAGUAGCGGCAGCGGAGAAAGCAGUGGCGGAGAAGGCAGCAGCGCAGGCGUUUGCAACUGAGGUAAUAAAAAUUGACAAGAAAUAUCCCGCAACAACCAACGACGUAUCGUCGUCAUCGGCAUCACCGUCACCUCAGGCCACCCAGAAGGUUGGUUUCCGUGAACAAAUUGUCGAUGAACCCGAAUGGACGGUGGUGGGACGCGAAUCUCCUGACAUCAGCCGUACAUCUUCCACUUCUUCCGUAAAUGGAGCUAUACCUAAGCAGCCUACGCCGUCCGCACCUGCCACAUCUCCUUCAAAGUCAGAGACAGGAUUGGGACAUCAAACCAUCUAUCCACAAUUAUCAGGCCAAAGCUUCUUUGAAUUGGAUCCCAAGAUCCAAGGCGCGUUGGAAGCCAUGGUGUCAAUGGGAUUUACUAACGAAGGUGGAUGGCUCACUCAUCUGUUGAUCUCCAAAGAUGGUGAUAUCAGCAAGGUGUUGGACGUGUUGCAGCCGGUACGUCGUUAAUAAGAAGGAUGAAACUUUAAUUAAGAUUAAUUCAUACAUAAUAAAGAAUAAUGUAAGAGUAUAAUCCAUGUAGUGGAUGUUUUUGGUAGUGGGUAAUAAUAAUUGGUAAAUAUUAAAGGCUCUUGGUUCCUUUCAUUACGAACAUAUAACUCAUCCAUGAUUCUGUUACAUUAAUUUUACAGUUAUUUAUUUAUUUUUCAAAUUAUUAAUUUUUAAUAAAUCCAAUUAAUAAUUGUGUUAAAUAUUAAAUUUAUAUCAGAGCAAAAUAUUUAGGUUAUUUUUUAUACAUUUGCUCGAUCAGAUUGUGUUAUUUUAUGAACAUAUCUUUUUAUUUCAAUAUAUUUUAUAAGAAUUUCGGAUAUGUACUUUAUCAUUUCUGACGUUAUAAAUUAAGAUGGCUGCAGCGAAUAUCCAGGAGUCUUAAUUUUAUCAAUGAAACACUUCUUUAUAUUAUUGAACUUAGUUUACACACAUUUAUUGUAAUAUGUAGUUUGUAAGAACCCUUUCAAAAUGAUAAUAUAUGUAUUCUUAAUAUCAUAAAAAGAGAAAAGUACAUAUGAAUGUGUUUAUAUUAUUAGAUUGGGGUUCCUUGGUGACUACAUUAUAAAAUAUUGCGUGCCAUUAAGUGUUAUAUAUUUUGUGUUGAUAAAGUUUGAUGUUAAUAAAGAAAUCAUGAUAUAGAA